AUGGCGGCCGCAAAGACCAUGCUGGAUAAAGUCCAUCCUUCACUGUUUCAGCCAAAAACCGACCACAAUGCCUACACACUUGGGAAUAUUGCCGGUCACAAUGUGGUAGUGGCCUGUCUCCCGUCCGAUGUUUACGGAACCACAUCUGCGGCAAUCGUGCUCGCUCACAUGUUGCCGACUUUUCCUUCUCUUCGAUUUGGGUUGAUGGUAGGAAUCGGGGGCGGGGUGCCCAGCCAAGACACAGAUAUUCGCCUUGGUGAUGUGGUCGUUAGCAUACCAACUGCGACCUCUGGAGGCGUGAUCCAAUAUGACUAUGGGAAGACACUUCGAGACGGACGUUUGCAGCGCACUGGGUCACUUAACAAGCCCCCACAAUACCUGCUCACCGCAGUCUCGCAAAUACGCAGUGAUUACAUGGUCAGAGACUCACUCAUCAAGAAAAGUAUAUCAGAGACAGUUCAGAAGCACCAAAGGAUGCACGAACAAUUCUCACGACCAGACCAAGACUGGCUGUUCAAACCGGACUAUGGUCAUGAGAGCAAGAGCGCUGACUGUUCACUGUGUGAUCAGUCCCAGCUAGUAGUCCGUACAACACGAGAAACCAAUGAGCCGGUCAUUCAUUAUGGGCAGAUUGCUUCUGGGAAUCAAGUGAUGAAGAACGCUAAGAUACGAGACGACAUUGCCAAAGAGUUGGGCAUUCUCUGCUUUGAAAUGGAGGCAGCCGGGUUGGUGGAUCAGUUACCUUGCCUGGUUAUCCGAGGAAUUUGUGACUAUUGUGACUCGCAUAAACAUAAGCAAUGGCAGGGAUAUGCAGCGCUUACUGCAGCUGCUUAUGCACGAGCUCUGCUGGAAGUGGUUCCUCUGUCUAGCAAUGAUCUGAGCAGGGAAAAAAGAAGCCGCUGGAUGGUCCCCUUCGCGAGAAAUCCACGGUUUGUUGGCCGACAGAAUGAGAUUGACAGUCUUGAACAAUCUAUUAUUCACUCAAGAGGUCCCACCAAGUCUGCUAUAUGUGGACUAGGUGGAAUUGGGAAAACUCAGAUUGCACUGGAGCUAGCCUAUCGCGCAAGAGAAACAGUUCCAGGAAUUUCGAUUUUCUGGAUCCCAUGCACCAGCUAUGAGAAUAUCGAACAAGCUUAUCUGAGCAUUGCCUCAAGCUUAGGAAUGAUGGAUAUAAAGCCAGCAGAGGUAAAAGAACAAGUCAAAACCUUCCUCAGCCAAGAACACGCUGGAAAGUGGCUUCUUAUUUUCGACAAUGCUGAUGAUAUCGAGAUGUGGACUAAGGGAAGCAAGACUACGCCGCCGCUCAAGGACAUUCUUCCCCAGAAUGAAGAUGGUCAUAUCCUGUUUACGUCGCGUAACCGAAAGCUCGCGGUGAAGUUGGCGUCACAGGAGGUGUUAUCCAUUCCUGAGGUGGAUCCAAACACGGCCAAAGAGAUAUUCGACAAAUUACUCAUACAAAAGGGUUUGCUACAGGACGAUUGUGCCACUACUGCACUCCUUGAGCAGCUUGGCUUUCUGCCCCUUGCAAUCAGUCAAGCUGCAGCUUAUAUUAACGAAAACCAGAUUUCGUUAUCUGAGUAUCGGUCAUUGUUAGGUGAGCAAGAGAGAAGCACAAUUGAAAUGCUAAGCGAGGAAUUCGAGGACGAUGGACGCUAUGCUGAGAUUCAGAACCCAGUGGCGAUGACCUGGUGGAUAUCUUUCCUGCAGAUCCAGCGACUGGAUGAAUUAGCAGCUGACUAUUUGUCAUUCAUGGCCUGUAUUGACCCACGAGAUAUCCCGCGGUCAAUCCUUCCACCUGCAGCUUCACCAAAAAAACAAGCAGAGGCAAUAGGUCUUCUGAAGGCGUAUUCCUUUAUUACUGCACAGGUCUGCGACAGUCUAUUUAGUCUUCAUCGACUUGUGCAUCUUGCGACUCGAAAUUGGAUGCGAAUAGACAAGACUCUUGAUAUUUGGGCAGAAAGAGCAGCAGGCCAGUUAGAUGAUGUCUUUCCUGAUGAUGACCAUGGCAAUCGAAAAAUAUGGAGGGACUACCUACCACAUGCGCUCUAUUUGGCAAACAGUGAAGAAUUCCAAAGUUGUCGGCAUGAGUAUUAUGGAUUUCUUUUAAGGAUAGGAGGGUGUCUGCAGAGGGAUGGAAGAUAUAAUGAGGCUCAAAUUUUCUUCACUGAUGUUCUGGAAAUCAUGGAGACAGCUCUUGGACCUGAGCAUCCUGACACUCUCCUCAGCGUUAACGACCUUGGUUCAGUGCUCAACGAUCAGGGCAAGUAUGAAGAGGCUGAAGCCAUGCAUCGGCGAGCACUAGAAGGUCUAGAAAAGGCUCUAGGGCCAGAGCAUCCUGACACUCUUGCGAUGGCUAAUAACCUUGGCUCAGCGCUUGCACAACAGGGCAGGUAUAAAGAGGCUGAAGCCAUGUAUCAGCGAGCAGUAGAAGGUCAAGAGAAAGCUCUAGGACCAGAGCAUCCUGACACUCUCGCAAUGGUUAGUAACCUUGGUUCGGUGCUUUCACAACAGGGCAGGUAUGAAGAGGUUGAAGCCAUGCAUCGCCGAGUGCUAGAAGGCCGACAGAAAGUUCUAGGACCAGAGCAUCCUGACACACUCGCCAGCAUCAGCCAACUCGGUACGGUUCUUGCAUGGGAGGGCAAGUAUGAUAAGGCUGAAGCCAUGCAUCGGCGAGCGCUAGAAGGUCGACAGAAAGUUCUAGGACCGGAGCAUCCUGACACUCUCGCCAGUGUCAGCCAUCUUGGUUCGGUGCUUGCAUGGGAGGGCAAGUAUGAUGAGGCUAAAGCCAUGCAUCAGCGAGCACUAGAAGGUCGACAGAAAGCUCUAGGACAAGACCAUCCCAAGACUCUCGCCAGCGUCAGCCACCUCGGUUCGGUGCUUGCACGGGAGGGCAAGUGA